ACUGCACUCUGGAGACUGUGUAUGUAUGAGGGGGUCUGUUUUUAUAAGGAUUCUUGCAUGGCAAAACCAUCACACACACUGAUACAUCAUUGACCGUGAAUCAAGAUUCUUCCUAGAAGAAAAAUACUGGAACAACCACAGAUGACAUGCAGCCCCAGAGGACGGUGGUGUAUGAUCAUCUGAAUGGCUCACGAAUCAUUUUCUCAGAUGACAGUUCUGGGAAUGUUCUGUCGCCGGACAUGACCCAGGACGUUGUAGUGAUUUCGCCUGGUCUCCCCACACCUCCUCUGAGUCCCUACUACAGAUCUGCUGCUUCACCUCCAUCUCAGAACAGGGUUGGAGAAGUGAAUGGAAAUACAAUCCCUGCUCCCAGCUUUGGAUCUUACUACGGACCCAGCCAGUCACAUGAUGGAUUAUCCAAUGGUGGGCCACAAUCUGCUACUCUACCUCGUACCUCCGGAACUAGAGAGGAAAGGCUCAUCAAGUUCUCCGGGAUCGGUCCUGUGGAUGAAACAGGCAUGCCAAUUGCAUCCCGAUCUAGUGUGAACAAACCCAAGGACUGGUACAGGAGCAUGUUUCGACAGAUCCACAAGAAACCAGAGGAUUCUGAAAUCGACUGGAAAGAAAGAAGUCUAGAUCAGACCCAACCACCAGAACUCCUGCAAAAUGAAAGACAAGGACAUGAAAGUGACCCCUUUACUCUCACUCAGCAUGGAGCACUGCCUAACUGGGCUGACCUGGGAGACGUAGUGAAGAUUCCAGAGCCGAAGAGCAUUUUCGACUUUGAGCCAGGACAGGGAGGCACGACAGAGGAUCACGAAAAGUUCUCAAGGUCACCUGUAGCGUCUCGUCCUCUUGAUAAAGUCCACUCUCCUUCCAUUGAGGCCACGUUGGUGUCGGAGUUAAAUCGUUUUGAGGCUGAGCUGGACUCAGACAUCCGCGGACUGGAGAGGAAGCUCUCGCAGAAGCAGCAGCGGCGUGGCAGGGGUGAGGGUGAAAGGAGUAACAGUUCAGGAGCUGCUACAGCUAGGAAAGGACCUGAUUACAGUUAUCUUAUUGGAGAACAACACCUUGGGGUGAAGAAUGCAGGUAGUACGCCUCAAAGCCGUCCCGUGAUUCCAAACACCGGGGUUCAACAGGACCUAGCACCUAGCACUGCAUAUGGUAAUGACAGAACAGCAUAUGCGCCUACAGACAUAGACCGUCCACCAAUAAGAGAGGAAAAGAAGAUGAAAGCAGCACGAGUCAAAUUUGAUUUCCAAGCCCAGUCAGCCAAGGAGAUGACGCUGAAGAAAGGUGAUGUGGUGUACAUUCAUCGGCAAGUUGAUGCUAACUGGUAUGAAGGAGAACAUCAUGGCAGAGCAGGAAUCUUUCCUACCAGUUAUGUAGAGAUAAUUCCUCCAACAGAGAAGCCGGUACCAAUCAAGCCUCCCAGCGUGCAGGUCCUGGAGUACGGUGAAGCUGUGGCUCUGUUUAACUUCAACGCUGACCUGCCGGUUGAGCUGUCCUUCCGCAAGGGGGAGGUGAUAUCUAUAACACGACGGGUGGAUGAUCACUGGUUGGAGGGUCGCAUACCCGGCACCUCCCGCAGCGGCAUUUUCCCCACCAACUACGUGCAGGUCAACAAAAUGCCUCGUACCAAAUCUGCCGAUGACCUUUCACCCUCCCCACUUUCACCUUUAUCCCCCUCCGCUCACUGUGCUCAGCCUCAGCUUUCACCCCUCACACGCACCAGCCAAUCACGCUCACCUGUCCUGCCCAUAUCACCCACACAGCCUACCUCCACUAGACAGUUUUCCAAUCACUUUGUGUUCUCACCCGGCCCUGCAUCUCCCACCCCGGCCAACAGCCACUGGAACUCUUCACCUGCAGCAUGUAGUCCUGUGAACAGAGAGGCAAGGUCACCUGUUUUAUCAUCCAGUCAUGUGCUACCGUCUCCACAGGGUCCCGGACUGGCAGCCAGUAUGAACCCGAGACCUUCAUAUACAAAUCAGGAUGGAUCUGUAAUACAAUCUCCUCGGUCUUACACACAUGGAAAAACUCCACCAUCAGCAGUGUCCCCAAACAAGAACACCACCAUCAUACCACGAAAACCAUAUAAGGCAGUUUACAACUACAAGCCCCAAAAAGGGGAUGAGCUAGAACUGAGGGAGGGAGACAUCGUUCAGGUGAUGGAGAAGUGUGAUGAUGGUUGGUUUGUAGGUACGUCUGAAAGGACCAGAGCUUUUGGAACAUUCCCUGGCAACUAUGUGGCACCUGUUUGAACCACUUGCAAAUGUUUGGCAAGCACUUUCACCGCUGCUACAGCGUCACUAAGUAAUCACCGAGGAGAGACAUCCACCUUAUGCACUCACUCAUGCACAUACUCCAGUCUCUCCACUAUCUCUGGUUACUCCCAAACUGGUUUGCAUGUACACUCCACUCAUAUUCCGGGCACAUGAUAAGUGUGUGUUUUCAUGAGCACUCCCUGGAUGCGUUGGCAAUGGCAAGGACACUGUGUGUGGAAUAAAUAGCCAACGUCUUGUUUUUAAAGCCACUUGUGACUUAAUUAUCUAUUUGACUGGACCGCGACUAUAAACAAUGACAAACUCUUUUUACAGCAACACUGUAUGCUUCUGAUGUUUUAUUCAUUUAUGUAAACACUUUCAUCCUGCCUUUCAGAUAAGUAAGAGCACAGUGAUGGGAAUUCAGCACGAGGAUGGCAAGAUCAUUACGGGAUAGAAGAAUUUUUUACAAUUAUGUCAACAUAAGUGUUUUUUGGGUGUUUUUUGCAAUGCUAAUCGACGCCUGCUAAAGCUUCAUUUUCAAGUACCUAUAGAGUGUUUUUUUCUGUUAUUUGUAUUACUUAAAGCACUAUUGAAUGUUUAACACAGCAUCACUUGUCUUUCACAUUUUGGCAGAUUAGGGUCGUCUCAGAGAACAGAAACAUUUCAGUGCUUACAGCAAAAUGUACCAAAAAGCUUAGGCCAAGUUUUUACAUCUAUGGACCAACCUAAUGAGCAAGUACCAUUUACCCUUGGUAAAUGUCACCCAAAACAGCUUAAACACCAAUAAUUCAAGUUACAGACAAUGAAGUAGUCCUACCAUAAUAUAACCCUGACAGGCAAUAAAAUACUAGUGCAAAUAAUAAUAAUAAUAAUUUUUUAAUUAAUAGUCAAUAAAUUAUGAAUAAUAAUAAUCUUAAUAAAAACCUUUAAGCUACAUUUUAAACAGUAAGUUAUAAGUUGGUGAGGAUGAGCCAUUGUAAGAUAAGCUGAAGUAAAAAAAAAAAUAAUUUAUAUAAAUGGUAAAAAAACUAUUAAAACAACCUCUAAAAUCUAGGCUUUUAUACUUUAGCUGGCCACGUGAUUUAAAGAUUCAAUAGACAGAAAGAAAGGCAUGCUCUAAAUCAGGGGUGCCCAUACUUUCGUGGCUUGAGAUCUACUAUUUCAGUCGACAGGUCAUCUACUUUUUAAAAAGGUUGGCCUCAUCAUUUUUUCAAAAUACCUGAGCACUUAUCUUCACAAACAGUGUAGGUUACAAAAGGAAAAAUGGCGCAAACUGGCUACUGAUGAAUGAAAACUUUUUAGAUUUGCAGUGCUUUAGGCGGGCUGAGGCGUAGCUAUGGUAACAAACCACAAAUUAAAGAAACUGGCCACAUUUCAUGUCAGUCACGCUGACCUGUUUGAAUGAGGCGCGAUCUACCAGCGUGCACUGUGAGAUCGACUGGUCGAUCGUGAUUGACGUAUUGGGCUCCCCUGCUCUAAAUGUUAUUAAGAUUCAGAAUUGUGCUAUGCAGACAUGUAGUGAAAAGAAUAUAUACAGUUAAACUUAAAAGUUAUACACUUGUAUAAACCAUGUUUGCAUGUUGGGAUUGUAAUGAUUUACACACUCAUUUGAAGACGCUUCUCAGAGUCAUUCACUGACAGAAAAAAAAAAAACAAA